AUGCUGGAAGGGUUGAAGCGUAUGCUGAGGAAGGUAGUGUCUGUCAAACUCCAAGAAUGGAUAAGCGACUAUUGCAGAGAAAACGGCCUGUUGACGCUCUCUGUGCUGGCUGUGGUGUCGGGAUGCGUCAUCGGAUACAUGUUGAGGAGCCUCAAUUUGUCCUCCCAGGCAAUGAUCUAUUUCUCCUUUCCGGGAGAGCUACUGAUGAGAAUGCUGAAGAUGCUUAUUCUUCCUCUCAUCACAUCCAGUCUUAUGUCCGGCCUGGCAUCCAUGGACACCAAAGCGAGCGGGCGCAUGGGCCUGCUCACCGUAACAUACUACCUGUGGACGACGUUCAUCGCCGUCAUCGUGGGAAUCGUCCUGGUGCUGAUCAUACACCCCGGCAACGGCACCGAGAAGGAGGGCCACACUGGCUCCAGUGGCCCCGUCAUGACCUCCGCUGACGCCCUCCUCGACCUCAUCAGGAACAUGAUCCCAUCAAAUCUAAUCGAAGCAACAUUUCAGCAGUACAAGACAGAUCUUGUGCCUUUGGUCCAAAGCACAACAAAGGAUUCGCAGGCAAACUAUGUUUACAUCAUGCCAGACUACGAGAACCCCAGAAUGGGUCACCCAGUGUUCCUGGAGAUUACCCCAGCCCCUGAGAUCAAGUAUAAGGUGAAACCCGGCAGCAGUAAACAGAUGAACGUUCUCGGAAUUGUCAUAUUCUCCGCCACCAUGGGUCUGCUGCUGGGCCGCAUGGGAGAGAGGGGGCUGCCGCUCGUCAAUGUGUGCCAGUGCAUCAACGAGUGUGUCAUGAAGAUCAUCAAUGCAGCUAUGUGGUACUUCCCGUUUGGCAUCAUAUUUCUGGUGGCUGGAAAGAUCCUGGACAUGCACGACCCGGUGCACCUGGCGGAGAAGCUGGGCAUGUACUUCAUCACGGUGAUCGUGGGCCUGAUCGUGCACGGCCUCAUCCUGCUGCCCCUCUUCUUCUUCAUCCUCACCAAGAAGAACCCCUUCAGCUACAUCCGAGGCCUGCUACAAGCUCUGGUUAUCGCCUUGGCAACAUCGUCAAGCUCAGCAACUCUUCCCAUUACCAUGAAGUGCUUGCUGGAGAACUGCCAUGUGGAUCGCCAGAUCGCUCGCUUCGUGCUGCCUGUCGGCGCCACAAUCAACAUGGACGGCACAGCGCUCUAUGAGGCCGUGGCCGCCAUAUUCAUAGCUCAGGUCAACGAGUACGAGCUCGACUUUGGACAGCUUGUCACCAUCAGCAUCACAGCAACAGCUGCCAGCAUUGGAGCAGCAGGCAUCCCUCAGGCUGGCCUGGUUACCAUGGUGAUCGUCCUGACCUCUGUGGGACUUCCUCCUGACGACAUCUCACUCAUUGUCGCCAUUGAUUGGAUCCUGGAUCGCUUCAGGACCAUGAUCAACGUCCUUGGGGAUGCCCUUGCUGCAGGCAUCAUGGCCCACCUGUGCAGAAAAGACUUCCCGAAGAAGGAGAGGCGCGACACCUUGAUCUCCUACGGGGCGACGAGCGUGCAAAGCGUGCCAUUAUCAGAGAUCCCCCUGAUAUCCAACAAGGACUAUAUAUUUGAGGUGGUUGGGGACAAUGUAACGGAGAGACCUCCCACGACAAUGUACAAUCUCUGCCAGGUCUAAAAUCCUGCACAUCACCCGAGCGGCUGCCUUGAGUCUACAGAAACCUUGUGAAUUUUUUCUUCAUAGAACUGUGCCAUGAAGAAAUUAUUCUUUUUCUUUUUUUCUAUGUGUUUCUUUUUUUGUUAUCAUGUUGAAUGUUUCCUCUACAGUAAUAACCUUUUGUCAUGUUUGCUUUGUUUAGGCUUUUUUUCUACAAGGACGCAGAGAUAGCUCACAUUGAGAAAUGCCUUACCAAAUCAAUAUCAACUCACUUCAUUGUGCACAGCUUGAUAUCUGAUGUGUUUGAAGAUUCUAAGUAGAGUCCAUGUUGUUCCCUUCUGUAACAUUCAUCGUAUUGAUCCAGAGUAUAAGAACCAGAGACAUGUCGAAGUGAAAGUGCUCGGAAAGGUUUUGUGGUAGUUCAUUUUAGUAAUUACUGUCUUAGCAUCCACAUUGUUAACAGUCAUCAGUGAAUCACAGCUCAAUUAGGCCUACCUUUUUUCACACAUCAGAUGUUGCAUACUUGCACUUUGCUUUUUGUAAUGAAACUGAAAACAAGUUUGUCACUCUCAGUAUGAUUCAUGAGAAUAUGUUUUAUGUACAAGGCGUGGUAUCCAUGCCAUUUUGGAGGUGGUGGUUUUGAUAACAUAUUCACAGGUAAUAUAAAGGUGAG